AUGUUCUUCAAGCGCAUCUAUCCGGCGCCAUUGAGCGUUCCUACUGGUACUCGGGACUCGAACAUUUACACAAUGAAUAUAUUUCGGAUUUCUGGAAUGAAUUUAAAUGGUGAUAUUAGUUACUGGAAACUAUUCUGGCGGCUCAUCUCGUAUUUUUACAUUAUGUGCUACCUACCGCUUAGUUUCUUGUUAAGUUUCAUUAAGUAUUAUUCCGAGUUCACACCCGCUAGUCUGCUCAUAACGUUACAACUAGCCCUAAACUCUUGGUUCUUCACUUUGAAGUUCAUAGCUGUAGUCUUUUACGAGAAACGUAUGGAACAAGCUAAUAAAUGUUUGGACUCACUUGAUGUGUAUUGUGUUUCCAAGGAGGAGCAACUACGAAUUCGUGGAACAGUGGCCAAGUGCAAUAAAUUGUACCUGAUAUUCACAACGGUAUGUUUCUGUUAUGCCACUUCAAGUUUUUUAGAUGCACUUUUGAACAACCGCGUCGCCUUCAAUACCUAUUAUCCAUUUGUGAAUUGGCGUGAGGGUCACACGCAAUUAAUCGUCCAUGCAUUCGUGGAGUACGUGCUCAUAGGUUACUCCAUCUUAGUGGUCACAGCAGUCGACUGUUACGGCGUUAUGUUUGUGGAGGCACUGCGUGAGCAUGUAAACUUGCUUAAGGAUCGUGUCCAGAAAUUAGGCGGACAAAACAUGGGGGUGAAGCUGGAUACAGCCUCACAUACUUCAGAAGAGGAUAGCUACGCAGCACUCGUAGAAUGCAUUGAGGCACACAAAACAAUGUUGGAUCAGCGCUACAAGAAAGCGGUAUUACAGUUUAUGCUAAAGUUGCAACACCCCAUGACAUUUACGGCCAUGAACAUUUUCAACAUUAACUUGGCCACAAAUAUCAAUGUAGCCAAAUUCGCUUUAACUGUGUACACCAUCGCCAAGGGAUUUCAUUUGGAGGACAAAAUGAAUACACAUGAAAAUAAUAGCUUUUGA